UCGGCGCGUCGAGGGCACGUUAAAGUAUCUGGUGAUCAGUGAUUUCGGUGCGAGUCACCGAACGGCGAUUUAUCGAAUCGGGUAAUCGAUAAUGAAGUGAUGAGAGGGGGUGAGGUAAUCGGUUACUAGUGAUGAAAUUAUCGUUUGUGGAGUGUGAGAUAAAAUGGGCCUUAUUAUGCGGUUUUUUUUGUGUCUCGUGAUCGUUUUGGGACUCACUGUCAGUGUGACGAUGUCAUGGGGUGUGGGUCAUGCGGGACAUGCCGGUGGUGCCAAGUGCGAGAGACUCACUGUCUCACUGUGUCGGGGACUGAGGUACAAUCUCACCGCAAUGCCCAAUUUUAUGGGCCAUACGGACCAGUUGCAAGCGGAACGUGGGCUAGCAGCAUUCAUGCCACUGGUUCACUACAACUGCUCAAAACACCUGAGAUUCUUCCUCUGCGCGGUAUUUGCUCCAGUCUGCUCGGAGCAUGUAGCCAUGCAAAUUCCAGCCUGCAAACCACUCUGCUUAUCCGUCAGACGGGAUUGUGAGCCGGCUUUGACCAGUCUUACCCUACCCUGGCCCAAUAUGUGGGACUGUGAUCGAUUCUCCGAUAGCGGUAACGCACUCUGUGUUCAACCACCAUCAGACGAGAGUCUCCCGGAGCCGGCGUCACCGGUAGUCCCAGUCAUCAGGACACCCUGGGCCGGACUGAAGACCCUUCAGUCAUCGAAAGAUCAUCAUCAGUGUCCCCCACACUUCGUUCAGACACCGUUUACGGAUACUAUAUCCUGCGCUCCAAGAUGCGACGCCGACGCCUAUUACCGCGCCGAGGACAAGCGUUUCACCGUCCGCUGGAUGACCGGCUGGGCCUGGCUGUGUUUCCUCUCCACCCUCUUCACCCUCCUGACCUUCUGGGUGGACCCAUCACGCUUCCGCUACCCCGAGCGUCCCAUCGUCUUCCUCGCACUUACCUACAAUCUCCUCUCCAUUCUCUUCAUUGUCCGGGGGGCGGUGGGGCCGGACGUCCUGAGCUGCGCACAUCAGGACGACGGGCCCAGUUACGUACCUGUUGACGAUGGCCUGCGCAGCGUACCCUGCGCCCUCUGGUGGCUGGGUAAGUAUUACCUGUCACUGUCGAGUGGCGUCUGGUGGACUGUCCUCUGCGGUUGUUGGAUGCUAAGUGCCAGGAACGAGUGGAGCAGCGAAGCCCUUCAUAAUAUCGCGCCUUACCUUCAUGGGACCGCUUGGGGCCUGCCGGUGUUUCUCGUCGCCGGAUGUCUCAUAUCACGUAACGUCAGCGCCGACGAGCUCACCGGACUGUGCCAGAUAUCGGACGAGUCCGCCCUCUGGCUGGAGGUCCUGCCUCUGGGUGUCCUUCUCAUCCUGGGGUGCGUCCUGGGCGGCGUCGCCGGGGCCUCACUCGUUCGGGUCCGUCGGGCCAUCACCGCCGCGGGGCGGAGUGCGACGAAACUCGAACGACUCAUGACACGUCUCGGUGUUUUUGCACUUCUUUAUGCCCUACCGGCCCUUGGGGGACUCGCCUGCGCCCUUCAUGAGGCCUCGGUAAGGCCCCGAUGGCGGACCCUCGCACUACUCGCGGCGUUGGACUGCCGCGCAGCUCAGAACUGCGCACCUGGGCCUGUUUACAGUGCCGCUGGGCUCGAGGUGGCCCUUCUAAGGGUCUUCCUGAGUCUUGUCGUUGGAAUUACCUCGGGGAUGUGGGUCUGGUCGGGGAAGACAUGCAGGGCCUGGAGUAAGUUACUUGCGGCACCGAGGAAACCUGAUAGGUCACCACAAUUUGGGGGGCAUAUUGGACGCGGGGGGUUUCAGGGGAUCAAAAGUGAUACCCUGAAUUUUGCUUGAGGGAGUGGGGGUGCCACGUGUAAAUAUCCAGUCGAAAAUAUCCGGACAAAAAUCUUGAAUGAAAAAUGUCCGAAAGAAUAAUAUCCAAAACACAAAUAUCCAAGUGCUAUCAAAUCCAAUACAAAAAUUCCCACGAAACAACCGACCAAAUAAAAAUAAAUCGAGAAAGCAAAUAUUCACUCAACAAGAAUAUGAUCCACAAGCAUAUGUGUUUGAUAUAGCGACGAGUAUGCGGUGCCGAUUUGGGAUCAGUGGGAAAAAUAAAAAGACACGAGACACGUUAGACUGCUGGGGGAUGCACUGUUUAAUUUAUUAUAAAUAAUUUGAGGCGUAACCUCGCGUCUUUGAGAGAAUUUUACAGUUAAAGUUUGUUAAUUUCAAUUCACGCACUGCUGGUGAUGUACUAAGACCUUUUUAGAGUUUAAAUACGCGAUUGAAAAUUGAGGCUUUCUUUGAGAUAUUUAAUUGAGAAAUAAAACUACAAACACUUGAACGUCUGUUGCUCGUCAACGUUGUAGAUGAACAUAGGGUCAGCAACGUCCGUUGAGUAGACGAAUCUCAGCGCGUGGUGGGUUUCUCAUCCCUCUGUAGGGUGAUUAGAAAACCUAUUUGAAUUGAGGUUUUUGGAAUGUUCGAGAAAUCUUCGCUGGAGAAUUGGGUGAUUUUUCUCUUUCUUCCAAACAAUAUGAUUUUGGAUCACUUUAAAGCCGGAUUUCAAUGUUCGCUGAUACAUUUGCUAUUGAGUUUUUUACCAUCGGAUAUUAUCGAAUUGGAUAUUUUUAACUGGAUAUCUUCGACUGGAUAUUUUCCACCGGAUAUUUAGACGUGCUCCCGGGUUGGGGUGUAUAUAUUUUGUAAAUAUUGUAUAUUUUUUGGAGAUAAUAAAUAUGACUUGAUAACAUUUUUGAAUU